AUGGCAGACCAAGAUGAGUUUGAGAUUGGCCUCGACGAAGCAGGCGAGGACAGUGCUUACCGGAUGUCAAAUUGGCCACCUAAUGAGGAGCAGCGACCCCAUUUAAUCUACCAUUCCUACCCCUCCGACCGCAUCGUCAAGGGAAAGCUCGAUCAAGUCAUCCACGGAAAACUCAGCCCCGGCGGCGAGGACGCAACGCUGAUUGUUGCUACGUUCAACUUUCUCGGACAGACAGUCGCGCGCCGGUUCAAAUAUGCUCGCAUCACGUGGGAUUUCUCAUAUGAGGAAAACUCUGGCUUCACAGACGAUGCACAUACACCUGCACCCGAGGUUGUCAAGGUUUCCCUGGACGGCCAGUACGUCAUGAAAGAAUCGAAAUUCUCCGUGAACAAGGAGCAAACGGCCGACGUGGGGAUUAAGGCUGGAACUAUUGUGACUGGAAGCCUGGGUGCAGGAUGGACCCGGUCACAAGGGAUGGAAGUAGCCGAUCACAUCUCUAUCUUCGGAACGGCCACUUUCGAUCGUACUCAUAUGUCGGGGCAACCGAGAGGUGCCAAAUGGGUAUUGGAGGAGAACGCCAGCCAGAGAAGCGGCAUCCCAGGACUCAUCACAACGGCAAUUAUCCUGCGAUGA